AUGCCUGGCGAAGUGGUAACGAUCCAAGCAGGACAAUGUGGUAACCAGAUUGGCCAGGAGUUCUGGAACCAACUCUGUCGUGAACAUGGCAUCAACACCAUCGAUGGCACAUUACGAGACAUCAAUAAGUAUCCUGGACUAUUUGACACACAUGAUAAUAAACCUCGCAGCUCACGAGAUGACUACCCAAACGUGUUUUUCAACCAAGAUGAUGAUAAUCGGUUCACCCCGCGAGGGAUCUUGUUUGAUCUUGAACCCAGGGUGGUUUCCAAUAUCUCUAAUCGAUUCCCGCAUUUAUUCAACCCUCGAAAUAUUUAUACCAGUGCCAGUGGUAGUGGGGCCGGUAAUAACUGGUCGCAAGGGUACGAUUAUGGGACUUCCCAUAUCGAUGAAUUGAUCGAUAUCAUUGAUCGGGAAGUCGACAGUUGUGAUAACUUGGAAGGUUUCCAAUUGAUCCACUCGGUGGCUGGCGGUACUGGGUCAGGUCUAGGUUCUUUUUUAUUAGAACAAUUAGCCGAUCGGUACGCUAAGAAAUUGGUACAGACUUACUCGGUGUUUCCUGCCAAUGAUCAAACUUCUGAUGUGGUGGUCCAACCGUAUAAUACCAUCCUUACUUUGAAAAGAUUGAUCGAAUUUGCCGAUUCGUGUGUGGUAUUCGAUAAUGCCGCGUUGAAUUCUCUCGCGUUGGCUAAUUUACGUACCUCCAAUAUUUCUUUUGAACAAACUAAUCAAUUGGUAUCGACGGUGAUGGCAGGAAUGACCAAUCCUCUCCGAUUCCCCACGGCAAUGUACAAUUCCAUGAGCAGCAUCUUAUCAUCAUUGAUUCCCACCCCGACUUUACAUUUCCUUACACCAUCGUUUUAUCCAUUCACUUCGGAAUUUGUCAAUGAUGCCAAAGACGUACGAAGAUCCACAGGGUACGAUGUAUUAUUGGAAUUGUUGAAUAAGAAUUUGCGGAUGGUAAAAUCCGACAACAAGGGUGGUAAUGAUAGCUACAUUUCGAUUUUGAAUCUUCUUCAAGGGAAAGUCGACGAAAAUGAUAUCGUCAAAGGGUUACUGCGGUUUCAACAACGGAUAACUUUUGUCCCGUGGACCAAUUCGAGCGUUAAUUUGAUCUACGGUAAGAAAUCCAGGUUUUUGGAGUAUCAAAUGACUUCUGAACUGCAAUUUAUCAAAACCAAACACAAGAAAUUAGUCAGUGGCCUAAUGUUGGCGAAUUCUUCGUCGAUCGUCUCAUUAUUCAAGCGAAAUUGCUCGCAAUACGACAAAUUGAUCAAAAGAAACGCCUUUUUAGAUGGGUACAAACGAGGAGCGUUGUUCAGUGACAAUUUACAAGAAUUCCAUGAUUCUCGGCAAAUUGUUCAAGGAACUAUUGAUGAGUACCUUUUGUCGGCGACAAAUGAAUACUUAAAUGAUGACGAUGGCGAUGAUGAUGACGAUGACGAUGUGGAGAUAGAUGGUUGA